UUCCUAUCGGACAAUGUUUUGUGUAGGACCACAAACAUGGCGGCGCACUGUAUGCGAACAUGACACCUUCGAUACAUUUCAUAUUGUGCAGAAAUAAAACGAAUCAUCAGGUAUUGGUGUAGAUGUCAUGGCUGUAGUGAGACAUGUCGUGUGUGCCAUGUCUGGAGGGGUGGACAGCUCUGUCGCUGCUCUUUUACUCAAACGAAGAGGUUACCAGGUUACAGGAGUUUUCAUGAAGAACUGGGACUCUCUGGAUGAGAGGGGCGUGUGCACCUCGGAGAGAGACUGUGAAGAUGCCUAUAAAGUGUGCCGAAUGCUGGAUAUGCCCUUCCAUCAGGUCUCCUAUGUCAAAGAGUACUGGAAUGAAGUGUUUAGUAAUCUUCUUGGGGAGUACCAGAAAGGCAGGACACCAAAUCCAGACAUAAUAUGUAACAAACAUAUCAAAUUCAAGCACUUCUAUCAGUACGCAGUCAAUGUUUUAGGUGCUGAUGCCAUGGCAACCGGUCACUAUGCAAGAACAUCUCAGGAAGACGAGGAGGUUUUCCAGCAGACACACAAACCAGCUCCAGAGUUUACUUUCAGAGAUCGUUUUGAGAUCAGAAAUUCUGUGAGGCUGUACCAAGGUGCUGAUCGCCUUAAAGACCAAACCUUCUUCCUCAGCCAAAUCUCACAGGAUGCCCUGCGGCGGACCAUCUUUCCACUGGCUGGACUCACUAAAGAAUUUGUAAAGAAAAUAGCAGCCGAGGCAAGGUUCCAACAUGUACUGAAGAAGAAAGAGAGCAUGGGAAUCUGCUUCAUUGGAGAGCGACAUUUUGAGGAUUUUAUCCUCCAGUAUUUAGAGCCUAAACCUGGACAUUUUGUCUCCAUUGAAGAUGGGAAGAUAAUGGGAAAGCAUAAAGGUUGGUUCACGUUUACUUUAGGACAAAGAGCCCGGAUAGGAGGGCAAAAAGAUCCUUGGUUUGUGGUGGAUAAAGACAUCACGACUGGUGAAAUAUUUAUUGGUCCUACUACCAACCAUCCUGCACUGUUACGAGACACACUACAGACAGAUCGCUUCCACUGGAUAAGUGGAGAGCCUCCUGCUGAACUGGUGCACACACAGAUGAUGGAGUGUCACUUCAGGUUCAUCCACCAGAUGCCUUUAACUCCCUGCUGUGUGACUCUGAAUCUGGAUGGAUCGGUCUGGAUAAUGACAAAGCAGCCACUGAGAGCACUGACCCCUGGACAGUUUGCCGUGUUGUAUAAGGGAGAUGAGUGUCUAGGCAGUGGGAAGAUUAUUCGACUGGGCCCCAGUGAGCACACACUCCAGAGAGGCCACAGUCAGCAGCCACCAGAGCCAGCCGGCUGAAAUGAGCCACGUCAAGCCAGCACAUGGACACACAUACAUCUACAUACACACUACCUCUCAGUGCAUUCUCACCCACGUCUGAAGAGGAGCACAAAUAAGUGGACUUUUGAAAUGUUUGUGGACAAAUUCAGUAUUUUAUACUUACUGCAAAAAAACCCUGCAAAGACUCUAUAAUGCUUAAUAAUUUUAAAAUACCCUGGUCUGUUGAUGGAAUCUACCCAGAAUGCUACAUGCUGUAUUAUGCCAUGUGUAUUAAAUUAAUGUACAUCUUAUUCAUAUGCAUAAGACAUAUGAAUUUAAUUUAAGUCAUUAAAAUUGCUACCAUUCUACCUGUCAUAUGUAUAAGGUUAUUUAAUUUAAAAUCAUUAAAAUUACUACCAUCCUACCUGUCAUAUGUAUAAGACUAUUUGAAUUGAAAUUCAUUCAAAUGGAUUUUUGUACAAAUACUAUAAUCUUAUGUUUAUUGAAACACUGUUAUUCAGGGUUUUUUAGUAUUUAAAGGCAAAUUGCAUUUAGAAAAGGAUUUUUAGGAAAAAAAAACUACAGAUUUAUUCAGAUCUUAUAAACAGAUUUUGAGUUUUCCCCAUGAAAAACAGAACCUACACAGACCUUUGAGAUGGAGCAAGGAGCGAUGGUGUAUGGGGUGAGAGAGUUUUCUCUCUUGGCCACUAGAGGGCGCGCUGAGCUUAAUUGGCGCAGUGAAUGGCCAGGUUGAGCUCGUAAUCAGUAAACAGUUAUUGUCAGGUUUAAUCUUUCAUAUCAUUUUCAUUUCUAGUCCAUUUUAGCUCCUUAGGUAAUAAGUUCUGAAAGGACGGACUUCUUCAUUUUAGUUGUACAUAAAAAUAAGUUUAAUAAAUUUCCCUUUAGUAAAAUGUUCACCAUGUUUUG